AUGGCUCUGUUUUGGUUUGGAGAUACAAUACUGUCACUAGCUGUUUUGAUCCAGCCGCAUCACUUACGGGCCACAACCUCGCAGUUGUUUCUUUAUAUGUUGGAGCUAACGAACUCUAUUCCGGUUCCAUGGACAAUUCUAUUAAAGUAUGUAGUGGUUAUCAUGGGUAAAUUAAAAUACCCAAUAUGGGCUACUACUGAAGGUGGAAAUUUGGAAGUGACAUACACUGACAAAGAAGAAUAUGGCGUGCUAGCUCUCUGUGGGGUGCAUGAUGCAGAAGCCAAGCCGAGUGUAGACAAAGAAAGACCUAUAACAUAA